AUGGGAGGAGUCGAACGGCGAGCACUCAGGCGAACGAGUUGCCGCACGAACGACGCGUCGAAACCGACAACGAAGGCUCCGACGCAGAAACAAACGCGCGCGGAACGCGACAAGGAUCCAAAGUCGAAGUCUAUUGCGAACAGACAAGCAAAGGCCUCGGACCCAUAG